AUGGCGCCCCGCAGGAACAGUAACUUUGAAACGUCCCAGCUCCCACUUCACCCUGUCAUAUCAUUAUUGCUUUCGCUUGGAUAUCCACGACCGAGUUCGCUCUUACUCGAAGACCUGUUGCAGGGUGCCGUGUCCCUCGCACAACAAAUCACCACCCAACUACCACCAGAGAAACCGAGACCCUGGCGCCUAAACCGCAUUUUCGUUGGCCCAUCCCUCGGUUCAGACGAUCUCUCUUCCGACGCCCACUGGCCCCGGGCAUUUUCUCGGGCCACUCUCUCCCCCGCCGGGACCCCAAACAAAGCACCUUCUCAGCCCUUCUCCGCAUCCUCGUCGGUCCCCUCAGAACCCGUCACGCCCAGAAUCGUAUCUGGAACCUUCGUCACGAGGCCCUCCCCGCACUCCGACACCGGGCGCAAUCACGCAUCUACCGAGCAAUCGUCCAGCGUCAGGCGCGGCGUGCAGCGCGCCUUCGCAGACUCGGCGGGGGCUUUGUAG